GAGCGCGUCACUCGUCACUCGUCAGUAGUGUGACGGCUGUUGGUGGAGACAGUACUGACAUAAAUUGCUGACUGUUGACCAAAAUGUGUAGCCGUACACUGCUGUGUGUUGUGUGUGUGUGUUUGAUUGUGGUAGUGUGUGUAGUGGACGCAGGGAAUAAUGGCACAGCAGCAGCCAAUACCAGCAGCAGUAAUAAAGAUGGUCCCAUCACACACAGCGUAUCGGGCACGUUCCGCGGCGCCUGGAUGGAGACGCGCCGCGGGAGACGCUUCCAGGCAUACCGCGGGAUACGGUACGCGGACCCACCCGUCGGGGCGUUGAGGUUCCAGCCCCCGCACCUCAUCCUGCACUACGACCGAGUAGUGGACGCCAGUGAGGAGGGUCCGUCAUGCCCGCGGCCCGCCAGCCCCGGGUACUUCGUGGACGAGGACUGCCUCACCAUCAACGUGUACACUCCGGGUGGUGGCCGCAACAGCACCAAGUCUCUCCCCGUGAUCUUCUUCAUCCACCCCGGCGGGUUCUACUCGAUGUCGGGCCGCAGCGACCUGGCCGGCCCGCACUACUUGCUGGACAGAGACGUCGUGCUCGUCACCAUCAACUACAGGCUCGGCUCUCUCGGCUUCCUCGCCCUGGGCAACCAGCUGGCCCCCGGUAACAACGGCUUCAAGGACCAGGUGGCAGCGCUCCGCUGGGUGCAGAGGAACAUCGCCGCCUUCGGAGGAGACCCCGACCUGGUCACCAUCUCCGGCUGCAGUGCCGGCGCCGUCAGUGUCAUGGUGCACAUGAUAUCGCCCAUGUCCAAAGGUCUGUUUCACCGCGCCAUUGCUCUCAGCGGGUCCCCGACGUCGAAGGUGGCGAGUCCACCUGACCGUGUGGACCUGGCCAUCAAACAGGCCACAGUCUCCAAGUGUCCUGCAAACAAUCUCACUGCACUCUACGAAUGCCUCAAGACUAAACCGUGGCAAGAAAUAGCUGGAUCUGUUCUGGGAUUCUUUGAGUUCGGCUACGACCCCCUCAGCCUCUGGCGCCCGGUAGUGGAGCCCGACUUCGGGCAGGAGCGGUUCCUGACAGAAGACCCCAUGCUCUCCAUACGAGAGGGCAGGAUGCACUCAGUUCCAUUCAUCGUCAGCCAGACUACCGGAGAAUUCUUCUGGAAAGCUUUUACCGUCCUAAACAAUCAAACGCUACUCGACACGAUGAACAGCGAAUGGGACCGAAUAGCUCCGAUCUCCUUCAUACUUCCCCGCAACGAGACCAGUGGCAGACUGGCGGCGCUGAGGAAGGCGUACUUCGGAGACCAGCCACUGGGCAAUGACACGGCGACGGCGGACGCCUUGGGGAAACUGUAUGGAGAUGCCAUUACUGCGUUCCCUGUACAUAGGAUGGCGAACCUGAUGUGUCGCCACUCGUCCCACCCAGUAUACUACACCGAGUUCGCGUACGUCGGCAACCGCAGUCACUACGAGGACCCAGUCACUAAGAAACCAGUCCGCGCAGCACAUCACGACGAUCUGAUUUAUUUGUUCACGCUGAGCUACCGCUUCCCGACGAUAGAUGUCGCUGACACAGAAGAUUCCAAGAUGGUGGACAAAAUGACGGCCAUCUGGUAUAACUUCGCUAGAUAUGGUGACCCUAAUCCUCGCGAAGACACUGGAGAACUGGCCUCACUGUCCUGGCCAGCCAUGACGCCCGACAACAGGACCUACUUGCGAGUCACCGGCGACUUCACCGUCAAACAGAACCUUUAUGAAGAGAGAUUCCAUGUUUGGGACCAACUGUACCACAUACAGUAUUGAUGUAUUGAUACUCUACUAAAAUUAUAAUAAAAUUAAAGUAUAAUUAAUAAAGAACAAUAAAAUUAAAAUACCUAUUAAGUACUAAAA